AUGGAAAAGAAGUUGAGGGAAUACGGCAAAUUCUCGGAGCCUUUGAUAAUCGCGAUAACGCCUUCAUACAGAAGGCCUACACGAUUUGCAGACAUGACAAGGCUGGCGAACACCCUUCAUUUGAUUCCACAUCUAUACUGGAUUGUUAUCGAGGAUGGAAACAAUACAGUGCCCUACGUUGAAGCGAUUUUACGCCGGUCCACAAAACCUUUCACCUAUAUAAAGUCGCCAACACCAGAUGGCUAUCCAGGCAAGCUAAGACGAUCAGUGGCUCUGGAGUAUGUACGGAAUAACUCUGCCCGAUUGCUAGAGAAUUACCUUUCUGGUAUUGUUUAUUUUGUUGAUGAUGACAAUGCAUACGACAUACGCGUAUUUACGGAUUACGUACGAAAUGUGAAAAAAUUGGGAAUGUGGGCAGUAGGUUUGGCCGGAGGUUUACCAGUGGAAUUUCCAAUCGCAGUAAAUGGAAUAGUGAUAGGUUAUCAUGCUUGGAAAGCAAGAAACCGAACAUUCGCAGUGGACAUGGCCGGCUUCGCCGUUCACUUGGACAUCAUUCUUAGCUCGACAGCUAUCAUUGGAAAGCAGUGCAAUCCAGGAUUAGGGCCAGAAACGUGCCUUCUCGAGGAUCUUGGUUUGACUAUGGAGGAUAUAGAAGUGUUCGGUGACGAGGGCGAGAAAGGGCAACAGGAGAUACUCGUGUGGCAUACGAAAACGUCUAAUGUGAACUUUGAAGAAUCGCAAGUGGCUAAUCUUCCUUAUGUGUUCGAGUAG